AUGGACACGUUCCAGGAUGUGUUCCAGAAGGUGGAGAAGAUUGGGGAAGGCACCUAUGGAGUGGUGUACAAGGCGAGGAACAAACGAACAGGCCAGCUGGUGGCUCUGAAGAAGAUCCGUCUGGAUUCGGAGACAGAAGGGGUUCCGAGUACAGCAAUCCGAGAAAUCUCUCUGCUCAAAGAACUUAAGCAUCCAAACAUAGUGAGGCUUCUAGAUGUUGUGCACAGUCAGAAGAAGCUGUAUCUGGUGUUUGAGUAUCUGAAUCAGGACUUGAAAAAGUACAUGGACUCGUCCCGGACAGGGGAGCUCCCUUUAAGUUUGGUAAAGAGCUAUCUGUUCCAGCUGCUGCAGGGUGUGAACUUCUGUCAUUCGCACAGAGUCAUUCAUAGAGACUUAAAGCCUCAGAAUUUGCUUAUCAACGAAGUGGGAGCCAUCAAACUGGCAGAUUUUGGUCUGGCUAGAGCCUUCGGGGUUCCACUGCGCACUUACACUCACGAGGUGGUAACUUUAUGGUACCGGGCCCCCGAAAUCUUGCUGGGAUGUAAAUACUACUCGACUGCAGUGGAUGUCUGGAGCAUUGGCUGUAUCUUUGCAGAAAUGGUGACAAGAAAAGCCCUGUUUCCGGGGGAUUCUGAAAUUGACCAGCUCUUCCGGAUUUUCCGCACCCUGGGCACGCCCACUGAGGCAGCGUGGCCGGGGGUGACCCAGCUUCCCGACUAUAAAGGAAACUUUCCCAGGUGGGCGAGAAGAGAGAUGAAGGAGAUCGUUCCGAACUUGGAUCGGGAUGGGCGAGACUUACUGGCGCAAUUGUUACUGUAUGACCCCGACAGGCGCAUUUCAGCUAAGGCAGCCCUCAACCACCAGUACUUCUUCUGGCAAAGCCCCCAUGACCCCAAAGACCAGCACAUGCUGCAGAAACACUGCAGCUGA